AUGUCAACGGACGUUGUCGCCAAGUACGAGAGCGCUGUGAAAGCUCGAGAGGCGGUCGAAGAGGAGAUUGCAGCCUAUGUCGCAGAGCUAACGUCGGGCAAUAAUGUAGGAGUGAGUGGUCCACUGGUGGACGCAGAGGGGUUCCCGCGGGCGGACGUGGAUGUGUAUCGCGUGAGACACGUGCGCCAUUUACUCGCACGUAAGCAGACGGACCACAAACACGUUAUGACGACAAUUGAAGAGCUCCUGCCGCAAGUGUUUGCAGCUCGCAGUAGCGACUUGAAGAGGACCACGACAGAAACCGCAGCUCUUGUCGAGGACAACGCUGCGCUCGAUGGUACUGAUGUUGGAGCGUCUCUUGAGGUGCUGGAAAACAAGUGGAAGCGGACGCUGCAUGAGGUGAAGCCAGACGAGAGAGAGUUGCAGCCGUUUGCAGUGGUGGAGAGCGUGCAGAGCGAGUCUCCGGCCGAAACAGCAGGGCUGCAGGCGCUGGACCAGGUACUGCGCUUUGGCACGGCUGACGCGGAAAAUCACCGAGAGUUGACAGCGGUCAAGGAGAUUGUUGACCGCAACAUUGGCAGCGGCAUUCGUGUGCUCGUUCGCCGAGACACGCAGCUGUUGGCGCUCGAGCUGAUACCGCAGACGUGGAGAGGUCCGGGCGUGCUUGGCUGUCUGCUGCGUCCCAUGUAA